CUGAAGAUAAGGUUUUUUGUGAUGCACGACCUCAACGAACAUCUAUCAAGUAUCUGUCGUGUAUGUGGCGACAAAGCGUUCAGCUACAAUUUUAAUGUAAUCACCUGCGAAUCGUGUAAAGCUUUUUUCCGUCGGAAUGCUAACAAGAGGGAAAUUCGAUGUCCCUUCAAUGAACAAUGCGAAAUCAACGUUGUCUCGCGGCGAUUUUGUCAAAGAUGUCGUUUAGCGAAGUGCUUUGGUGUAAGUUCAGUUUUAUAUUGUCUUAGCUCAUUUUUAGGGUUUUCGUUUUGCGUAAAGCGUACGUGUCAUUUUUUUUUCUGGAAUGUUCUAGUUGUGAUUUUGUCAGUCUCAUGCUUAUAA